AAUAGGUAUUUUAUAUUUGUCAAGGUGAACGUAUUUUAUGAUCCAUAAGAUUCAUAGAUGAAAUUCAUUCUGAUAGUUUAAACAGUUGAAGGUUUUUAGUUAACAACAGUUAACAAUCACGCGAAAUUGUAUCGUGGAAAGAUAAAGUGUUACGUAGUGGAAAGAGUCGUGAUAAUGAAAAGUGAGGUUGGCAGAAGUAAAACACCUGUGACGAUUAUUUAGUUUAAUGGAACGUGGAAGGGAUAACAUGGCCACCGCCUGGUGACGUUCGUUCGCCGUUGCUGUCGCGAUAUCAAAUGCCCCCGAAAAACAGCUGGUGAACAUUUAUCAGUGUAAGUUGAGUUGCCUUUUACGCGAAAAACGCGUAUUUUAUUCAGUGAGAAGUGUAAAGUACGAUGAUGAACAUGUGGAAAGUGCGGGAGUUAAUGGAUAAGGCGACUAACGUAGUAAUGAACUACACGGAAACAGAGGCCAAAGUUCGAGAAGCAACAAAUGAUGAUGCUUGGGGUCCAACAGGGGCAAUGAUGCAAGAACUGGCUCAAGCUACAUUCACGUACGAGCAGUUUCCCGAGGUAAUGUCCAUGUUAUGGAAAAGGAUGUUGCAAGAAAAUAAACGAAAUUGGCGUCGAACGUAUAAGUCUCUUCUACUGUUGAAUUAUCUAGUUCGCAAUGGUUCAGAAAGAGUAGUUACAUCGUCUAGAGAACACAUUUAUGAUCUGAAAUCUUUAGAGAAUUAUACCUGCAUCGAUGAAUUCGGCAAAGAUCAAGGGAUAAACAUUAGACACAAAGUUAGGGAAUUAAUUGAUUUCAUUCAAGAUGAUGACAAAUUGCGAGAAGAGAGGAAGAAAGCUAAGAAAAAUAAGGAUAAAUACGUGGGUUUGUCGAGCGAAGCAAUGGGUAUGAGAUUCGGUGGCGGUGAUAGAUGGACGGAUAGUCCAAAAUGGGGUAAAAGUAGUAUAGAUGCUUACAACGAUUGGGAUCGAGAUAGUCGAGGGAAAGGAUUUGAGGAUACAAAUAACAGCGAUGAUGGUGAAAGAGAAGAUUCUGAUAAUGAUGUUCACCCAAGUCCAAAAAGAGGAGGGAGAGAAUAUAGAGAUACAAUGGAUAACAUAGAUCGUAUUAAUAAGACAGCUGCAUCUACAGUUUCGACAAAUGCUUCACCAGCUCGUAUGCCAAGGGCUAUUAAAAAAGUAGAUUUAGGAGCAGCUGCAAAUUAUGGAAGAGAACAGUCCAAUAAUGGUAUAUCUGGAUCCCAAAAUAAUUCUCUGUCUAUCAAACAAAAAAGUAAAAAUGAUAUUCUAAAUGAUAUUUUUGAUUCUCAGAAUGAGAAUAAUACUAAAUCAGUUGUUGAUGAUGACGAAGAUGAUGAUGAUGAUCACGAUGAUAAUGAUGAUGAUUUUAAUCCAAGAGCAAAUACUCAACCUGCUGUACAGACUCCAAGUGCAAAUGCAGAUUUCGGUGAUUUUACUAGUGCAUUUGGUACACCGUCUGUAAAAACGAAAGACAGUAACGACGAAUUCGCAGAUUUUACAUCUGCCUUUAAUUCUUCUGUUACGAUAUCAAAUCAUCAGAUGCAGUCGCAAUCGUCGCAAGCGCAAAUAAAUUUGAUAGGAACAGCAAUACCAAAUAUUAAUAGUUCGAUAACGGAUAAUGUAAAUAACGCAAUGUUUAUGAAUACUCAAUCGGUUAGCACGCCUCCUUUUACGUCUCUGACUUCUGGAAAUACAUUUUCUCAAAAUCCUAGUAUGGAUAGUAAUGUAUUUGACACUUUGCAACCGCAAAUGCUCAGCAACCAGCAAACGGUAAACAAUAAUACAGCAUCUUCAAAUACGGAUCUUUUAUCAGACUUAGAUAGUUUAAAUUCUUUGAGCGCCGCCGGUUCAAUGGAUAGGCGAACGGAUAAUGCUAACUCUAAUUUCUUCAUGAAUAUGAAUUCGACAACACCUGUCGCCGUUAAUCAUGGAGCAUCCAAGAGGGAAAAAAGCAUCGCUUCAACUGAAAAUCUUUCGAAACACGCCGCAAAUCGACUUUUGGAAGAAUUGUGUUCCUCCGUGGGUUCAAUCAAAAAUCAGAAUAGUUUGGAGAAACUGAAAUCAUAUAUUUCUGAUUAUGUUAAAUAUUUUCCAGGCCCGCUUACUCCGCAAAAAUAUAGUAAUCUUGAUUUCGAUUUAGAAAUCGAUCCAAUGUUACAUGGAAAAAUUUUAGAAGAAGUUAUUGAAAAAUUUGAUCAUAAUUGGCCAUUAAGAGAAAAUACUUUAGAUCCGAUAUUAAAACAGCUGGUCAUUGUUGAGGGUAGCACAUUAGCAGUGUUUAAUGAAACUUUAAUCGCUUUAACUUCUGCUUUAAAAGAAACUAAGGAUAGAAAAAGAAUGUUUACAAUUUCAAUAAUUUUGGUAGAAUUAAUGAAAAGUGAUGCAUUGUUUUCUGCAAUAAUAGACGCAUGUAAGUGUCGAAUGCAAAACAAAAUGCAACAGGAGGAAUUUGAUGAAACAUGGCGAAACACGAUACAAAUUUUAAUUUCGUUACCCAGUCGUGUAGCUAAUAAAUUGGAAAAUAAUACAUUCGAUAGUUUUUCUCUUCCGAUGUAUUUUAAAGCAAUAAGUUUUUAUAUAGUUCGGGCAAUUUCCUUUAUAAGCGUUGGUUCGCAUUAUGGUAUCACAGCAGAUACAAAAUCACUCUCAUUUUUAAUCAACAAAUUGGUGAUUACUGCAAAAUCAGAAAAUUUCUUACCUCUUAUUGAAAUUUUAACAGAAUGGUGUUUCCAAAAUAAAAAUAAUGAACGAAAUACGAUAGAAAAUAUAUUAAGAACACUAGAUACACCUAGUAUUGAACCAGUAGCAGUAUUAUUUUUAAAACACUCCAGUAUACACUUUGGGGUGUAUCAAAUUUUUGGAAAUUUAAUAUCAGAUUCGAAUUGGAAGUACACGUUAACGACAAAAAUUCCCUUAAUGUGUUACUAUGACAAUAAUAAUUUAGUAAUAAACUUAAUAUCAUAUUUAGCAGAAUUUUUAAAUAGAGAUCACAUCUUGAUUGAUUUAUUAAUGAAACUUUUGGAUGUUUGGGGUGAUAAAAGUGCUUUAAAUCAUACUUCUUUAGAGCAGCAUACAUAUAUUACUAAAUUAAUAAUUAUGUGUAUAAGAAAAUCAAAACGGUAUUUAAAUUGGAAUCAAAAAAUUGAUAUUCAAGCAUUAUUAGCUUCCGGUAUGUCGAAUCACCUCCAAUGCACUCAUAUUAUUUUAAGAGCGAUAGGAAUGUCUGUUGGUGAAAUUUUCACUCAAGAAUUAUUUGAAUCAGAGAAUGGACAAAAACUUUCCUUUGAUUAUAACGGUAUGCCAACUGAAGUAAUAGAAUUAGUUGAAUCAUUGAAAAAACUACAUGUAGUAACAAGUUCAGAAACAGAGAAACACGCUAAAGUGAAUGAUCUAGUUUUUGAAGAUAUUGAAUUUAACACAUUAGGUGACAAGAAAAUGUACGAAUUAGGUAUUGAAUGUAACAUUUUGCCUAAAAAUGUGGUAGAAAUGAAACGUAAUAGUAAAAAUGCAGAAACAGAUUUGAGAGAAUCAAUUACUUCGUUUGAAAUCAUUUCAAAAGAUAAUGUAACAAAUGAAAGCAAUAUUGAAAGUAAUUCAGAAAUUGAUAGUGAUGAUGAUUUAGUACCAUACGAUAUGUCCUAUGAUACAAAGAUCAGCGAAAAAUUACGACCAGCCUAUUUGCGGGAUCUGCGCGAUAAUUUAGAAAAUGAAAAAACUUCAACAAACCCAGAUAUUUUUUUGGAAUCUCUAAAAGUUUCUGAGGAAUUAAUAUUAUCUCAAUUACCAGGCGACGACGAAUCUUUUGCAAUUGAAUUAUUGCGACUUUUUAUCGUGCUUAAAGAAAUUUGUUAUGUAGAAAAUUUUGAAAUAUUAAAAUUCAAAUCUUGCGUAGCUAUAGUGACUAUUUAUCCUAAAGAAUGUGCUGAAUUCUUGUGUAAACAGUUUUAUAUGGAUCUAGAUAUGUAUUCUGUAAGUCAAAGAUUAUUCUUCUUAGAUGUAUUGGCAGAAUCAGCAAGAAGAUUAUCAAAGAUUCCAGUUAAUAAAGAUAAAGAAGAUACAGUUAGUAAAGCAAAAGUAAAUCCAAAAAAGAAAAAAGUUUCAGACAAAGUAUCACUUUUCAUUAAUACAGAAAGUAGUCAGCGACAUAGAGUAUUAUAUAGCGAUGAUUUUGAAGAUUUUGAGAUGAUGGAAGAUCAAAUUACAGAUUGGUCUGAAAUUAUUAAUAAAAGAAUUGAAUCAAAUACAAAAAGGUAUACACAUACAAUGAAACCUUUGAAAACGUUUAAAAACAAAUUUGGAAAUGUGGCAUCUUCAUUUUUUUAUCCUUUGUUAUAUGGAUUUGGUAAACAAGGCACUUGUUUAAAUAGUGGAUCACAGAUCUUCUUAGAUCAAGAAAACAUCUUACUAAUUCAGUUCUUGAAAACAUUAUCCACUAUAAUGGUAGCAGCACAAAAUUGUCUAUUAGCUUCAAAACUGGGCAAAGAAAUUUUAGAAUUAUCAUGGACAUUGAGAUAUCAUGAUCAAGCAAAAGUUAGGAUGUCAGUGAUAGAAAAUGUUGAAGCUGUAUUAAUCGCAGUGCCUAAAGAUGUAAUCAUGAACGAAUUAUUUGAAACAGUUCUUGAAAUAAGACAAUGGCUUCUAGAUUCGUUUCAAAAUGUGAUCUGUGGUGAUCAUGACAAAGAAUGUAGGAGUUCAGCUGCUAGAGCCGUAUUUUUAAUCGACUCCAUUAUAGGUUCAACAUUUUUAAAAUGAACUAUAAUUAAAUAAAAAAUGUUAAUAUAAGUUAAAUAAUACGACAACGAAAAUAUUGCAAGAAAAAGUAAAAUAAUUUUAGAAGAUUUCAAACAUUUUGUAU